AUGCAGUUCAUCUCCGUCACCCUCCUCUUCUUCGGCCUCAGUGCCACCACCGUGUUCGCCAAGAAUGAGUACACGAGCCUCAUCACCCGCGACGUGAUGGGUUUCUACACCACGACCCUCGUCCUCCCUGCUGUCGCUCCUCAGCCCACCGAUUUGACUGAGGAUGUCACUCUGCCCGAGGAAGCCGAAAAAAUCCAAGAGUAA